UCAUAAUGAGAAAAACACAACUAAUUCCAAUGCGACCUUCAUAAUUUAUUUGAUCUUCGUUCUCAAUUCCAAUUCCAAAAUGGUUCAAACAUCAAACCCUCAUCAUAAUCACGAAACAUUGGUAUUAAAAUCAGCAAUAUAUUCAAGAAUCCUUCUAUUAACCCUAAUCAUCUUCUUCCGAACUCUAGUUUCCCCAUACGAUACUUCCGCAUCCUUAAACCCUCCGUGCCUCACCGCCACCACCACCGCCGUCGCGAACGACACUCACCGUUCUCCCAUAGCUUCCGCCAUCGAAAACGGCAUCGUUUGGGACUCUGUUUACUUCGUUCGCGCAGCCGAAUGUGGCUACGAGUACGAACAAUCCUACGCAUUUUUACCUUUCCUUCCCCUUACAAUUUCCUUCCUCUCUCCUUCCACUCUUUUUUCUUUCCUUCCUCAGAGAUCGCUCUUCGCGAUCUCUGCUUAUGUAAUCAAUAAUCUCGCAUUUGUUCUCGCUGCUCUUUACUUUUACAGAGUUUCUAUAGCUAUAUUGAAGGAUCCUGAAAUUGCUUUACGAGCUACGGUUUUGUUCUGCUUUAAUCCUGCUUCUAUAUUUUAUUCAUCAAUAUACUCAGAGAGUUUGUAUGCUGUUCUUAGUCUGGGAGGAUUGUACUACUUUGUAUCUGGAAAAAAUAAUUUGGCCGUUCUUCUUCUGGCUCUCUCUGGUUGUGCAAGGUCUAAUGGGGUGCUCAAUGCUGGCUAUAUCUGUUUUCAGACUAUGCACCGAGCUUAUCAUGCGCUGUUUCAAAACAAGAAUGUUACUUUGGCACUGCAGAUUGUUUUUGUUGGAGCUUUACGCAGUGCAUGUAUAUUUGCUCCAUUUAUGGCCUUCCAGGCUUAUGGCUACUACAACAUGUGUGUUGGGCGUUUUCCUGAUGAAAUAAGGCCUUGGUGCAAAGCAAGGGUACCGUUGCUUUACAAUUAUAUUCAAAGUCAUUAUUGGGGUGUAGGUUUCUUGAGAUAUUUUCAGCUGAAACAGUUGCCUAACUUCCUUCUUGCCUCUCCAAUACUGUCUCUGGCAUUUUUCUCAGUCGUUCAUUAUGCUAAGUCAAGGCCUCAGAUCUUCUUCUCACUCGGUUUUGACACUACUAUCGAAGAAAAGAGCCGUGGAGUUGUGUUUUUGUCAGAGGAUCACUCAAGGUUCAAAGUAGCUGGCAGUGUGGAGAAAUCCUCUGUUAGAGAAGAACAUUUCAAUGUUAGGAGGAGGAAAAACGUAAUCAAAGGGGAUGUCUCUAAUGUUCCCAUAGAGUCCGAGCCAGCAGCAGGGCAGGGAUACUUGUCUGCAUCUGUUCUCCCGUUUGUGUUGCACUUGGGAUUCAUGGCAGGCACUGCUUUUCUUGUCAUGCAUGUACAGGUGGCAACUCGUUUCUUGUCUGCCAGCCCUCCUCUUUAUUGGUUUGCUUCAUAUAUAAUGACAUAUCCUGCAAAGUACUAUAGAUGGGGAUACCUGGUAUGGGCAUACUCUGCAGCAUAUAUUCUUCUUGGCAGUUUGCUUUUUUCAAAUUUUUAUCCUUUUACAUGAUAAGAAGAAAUAGGCAAAUGGUUCUCCUUGAAUAUCAAGAAAUGUUGCUGCUGAAUACAAGAUGUCGGUUGGUUUCUUCAGCCAUUUUGUGGUUUCUAUUUGAUCUUAUUCGGCUGUCAUAUAUCAGUAGUGGGGAAACUGUCCCCUUCGAGUAAUACAGCUUGUAGUUUGUAAUCAUUGUAAUGAUCUAGGCUUAAUGAUAUAGUCGGACACACUUAUCAUUUAUGGAUUCAUUAUUGUAUUAUUAUUACAUAAAAAGAUGAAACACCACUAUUCAUAAA